CUCUUUUCUUUGUCGUACGUCCUCCCUUCCUUUACUUUCGAUUUUUCAAAAAACGGAGCCGAGCCGACGCAAUGUCCCUGGACCUCGUCUUGCGUAUAAGCAACAAAGACUACACCAACUGGGUCAAAGCAGGACUGUGUUUGUCCUUCGUGGUGGAAGAUCUGCGUCCGUUCGUGGAGGAGCAGAUGCGAGACUUUCACCAUGAUUUGCUGCGUGGGAAUCCUCGUCUUCGGGAACGCUGUGAGAAGUCAUGUCCUCCCAAUCAUGUUCAGUUCUCUAAAGCAUGCCAGCUAUGUUUAGAGUGGAAGUCUGAGAUCCUGAAUAAUCACAGACAACGUGAUCCCAAGCUCAAAUGGGGGAACUGUAACCCUUCCGCAUGGAGGACGGACUACUGGGAGCUGGCCAAGGCGUACAUGCCACAAGGUCAGCUGCGUAUGAGAGCCGCAAAUGAGUUUGACGCUUCUGCUCUGCUCAACCUCGUCAACUACUGUGCCCGGUUUCCCCCUGUCGAUGUAAAUACCGGGCCCGUGAAAGAGAUGAUCCGAUGCAGGAAUGACUUAAUGCAUUCUGCUAACCUGCUGGUGACGGAUGCGUGGAUAAAGAACUUCAAAGCGGUCAUGACGCGGUUUUUUCAACUGUUCCGCCAAGUGCCUUCCAUGGCGCAGACCGAAGAAAAGAUCAAUGAGGCGCUGGCCUUCGACAUAUCACCACAUUUAAUGGGCGUGGCUCAUUUCGAGUGUGCAGCCAUGGACACAGUAGUUACUGACGGUGGGGUGAGUGGCAGUGGGAGUCUCUUCAGUCUCCAAAACAUCUGCCAGCGGGAGGCUGACUUGCUGCAAGAGAGGGUCUGGGAGAUGCGGCACAGAGCUGAAGAAGAAGAAGAGAUUGACACGGAGCAGCUGACGACGCUGGAACAUUUCCUUAAAAUUAACAACUUUUAAGUUGAAAAGUUGAAUGAUCAGUAGCCGAGAUAUUAUCACCAGAGAUAAGUGAAUGUCUUAAAAAAAAUUGUUUGUGAACAAUUUCUACUUUUGGUGAUAGGAACAAAAGUUCCAGAAUGAGGGUAUUUUAAGAGUAAUGUGUGUGGAAGGGUGUGUCUGCUGGGAUGAGGGUGUUACUGGUCACGUGAGCACGGGUGUUGUUCAGUAUUUAAGGACAUGCAUGCACCUGUCUCAAAGCUUUUAUGCCAUAUUUUUGUUUACCACUUUUUAAUACGCUUUACACUUGUCAUACACUUAUGUAUAGUCCAGCCAAAUAUAAAAAUGUGACAUCCAAUAUAAUUCAUUGCCUUAUUUGAUAUUGUAGCUACAUUAUGAUACCAAAUUGUUCAACUUUGAAUAACUAGAGCAGGGGUCGGCAACCAAAAAUGUUGAAAGAGCCAUAUUGGACCGAAAAUACAAAAAAAAAAAUCUGUCUGCAGCCGCCAAAAAUGAAAAGCCAUAUAAUGAAGACAACACAUGAUGAAAGUGUCUAUAUUAGCUAUAAUAGCCUACUAUCAAAAUGACUUUAAAAGGCUUAUGUAAGUGUUAUAAUGAGGAUUAAUAGCUAUAUUAGCCUACUAUCAAAAGGACUAUGAGUCGCGGGCUGAAGCAAAUUUUCAGAAAUGUUAUUUUACACAUUUUUACAACAUUGGAAAACAUUAGUAAAACGUCUCACACGGUGAGAUUACCCCUGGAAGUCUUCUUUUAAUAGAUUUAUGACAAUCUUUCAUGUUUGCUGUGGUCUGGAACAACAUGGCACACAAACAACUGUCAGAAAUGCAGCCAAUAUUACAUACCGUACUUUUCGGAGUAUAAGUCGCACUGGAGUAUAAGUCGCAUUUUUGGGGGAAAUUUAUUUGAUAAAAGCCAACACCAAGAAUAGACAUUUGAAAGGCAAUUUAAAAUAAAUAAAGAAUAGUGAACAACAGGCUGAAUAAGUGUACGUUAUAUGAGGCAUAAAUAACCAACUGGUAUGUUAACGUAACAUAUUAUGGUAAGAGUCAUUCAAAUAACUAUAACAUAUAGAACAUGCUAUACGUUUACCAAACAAUCUGUCACUCCUAAUCGCUAAAUCCCAUGAAAUCUUAUACGUCUAGUCUCUUACGUGAAUGAGAUUAAUAAUAUUAUUUGAUAUUUUACGCUAAUGUGUUAAUAAUUUCACACAUAAGUCGCUCCUGAGUAUAAGUCGCACCCCCGGGCCAAACUAUGAAAAAAACUGUGACUUAUAGUCCGAAAAAUACGGUACAUAUAAUUUUCAUUUUCAUUGCAUUUUAGCUGUUCAACGUAUUUACUCUUCAUCAAAGCUCUGAGAAGUACCGUAUUUUUCAGACUAUAAGUCGCAGUUUUUUUCAUAGUUUGGCCGGGCUCCAGUGCGACUAAUAUGUGUUUUUUUCCUUUUUUAUUAUGUUUUUUCGGCAGGUGCGACUUAUACUCCGAAAAAUACGAUAUGCUCACUGUUUUCUGGUGCUAUGUGGUGAUUAAGGGGUGUGAUUAAGGGGCCACAUACUGUCACUAAGGUUGAAUUUUGAUGGUUUUAUUGACAAGGUUGACAGGUUGAUGUAUUCUCAAAAUGAUGAUGAUGAUGAGGUUGAAAAUGAGGGUUCUGCUGUUGAUGGUUUUGACAAUGUAAAUGAAAGUGUGCAACCCCACGGCAGCAUUUCAAAUGUUCAAUCUAAUGUCUUAUCAAAGCUCAAUAAAUCCACAGCCUCAAACCAAAGCAAAA